GAUGAAUUGAGAGAUAGAUACAGAUGCUCCUCUUCUUCUAUGAUAGGAUGGACUAGGUUCCUUUAUACCGUUGCACGUGUAGACUUAUGUCUUUAGAAAUAAUGCUGUAAUCCGUAACUAGACCUGCAACUGUUCCAUGUCUUGAUCGAGAAAUAAUAACCAUCCUCGCCAUGUCUCGCCCUGUCCCGACAACCAACUGUUCCACCAAACCAUCCAUGAUCCCAUCCCAUCCCAUCCCAUCCUGUCCCAUCCUGUCCCCAAAUACAAUACUGGCGUCAAUAGAUCGAUGCCAAAUAUCAACACACGCCUUCCACCAGCCACUGGCCAAUCAGAGCCAACAUUCUCCUCACGCGCUGGCCCGCUGAGUCAUCCUGGUCCAAUAACUACAGUACAUACGCUGUAACUGUCUGUACUGUCUGUAUGUACUGUUUCUUUGUUUCUUCCAAUAGUUAAUCCCUUAACAACCUCCUUCCUGUCUUUCUUUCUUUCUUUCUUCCUUAUUUCAUCCUGCGUUGCCUUCCCUUCUCUUCUCAGCUGCUUGCUUGUUUGCGCUUCGAAACGCCACAGCGAACACACACCCACCUGAUCUUUUCCUAGCUGCAGUCGGUAGUUAGCUUAUUAUAAUUUAGUAUAUAACUAGUUCCGCCGCCCCACGGGAGGGCCCCCAAUUUCUUCCCGCCCCAGCUCUCCACCAUUCACAGCGCGCAGGGUCGAUCCCUCACCGACUCCAGGGCAGAAAAAUAGAGAAGAAAAGCUCUGUGGCCGGAACUGAACUAGGGCCAGCUAGCUGUUCGAGUCAGUCAGUCCAGUCUGCCCAAUCUCCGGGACGCUCUCAUCAGCUCGCUCCGUUGGCUGCUAGUUACUUCUCUUCGCGGUGAUCGGAGUCCGUCCUGUGACCAACCACUCACUUGCUGAUUUAUCCUUCUGUUAGCUGGCGAAGAGGAUAGGGGAAAAGAAUGCAGUAGACCUAGAGGAUAUAGCAGAUCAAUAAACCUCCCCUCAUUUACUCGAAACCCUCGAUACGGAAAGGACGAGAGAAGCUGGAUUAAAAAGCUGCACCAACGCCUCCAUAAACAGAUAUCCAGGGAGAAACAGUACUCGAAAAUAUGUUUAAAUAGAAGACAUCUCCAGGAUGGCAUCCACGACUCCUAUGGCCCACCUUUUCUUCCGUUUCUCUUGCUAUUUCCCCUUUCCCUGUUUGUGACCAUCUGGGAGGUUUCCCCUGCUGAAUCUUCUUCCUCCGUUCAUUUUUUUACUGUCUCAAUUCUUUUUAUUCCCUCUCCGGAUAGCCUCUUUAAUUCCUUCGAUAUAUCGAUAUCCGUUUCUCAUUUCCCCCGGAAGAUUUUUGACACACUUCAAUAACACAAAUAGAUCGGACAUCUCCUGCAUGCAUCAUUAACACGGGAGGUUGGGGGUCCGCAUCCAGUUUUCGAUUUAUAGGAGAUCAACGGGAUACAUCACGAAAGAAAGGAAAGAAUAGACCAUACCAUACCAUAUACAUCAUGAAAUUCGGCCGGAAUCUUGCAAGGAAUGUUGUGCCCGAGUGGGGUUCGUCAUAUAUCAAGUAUAAGAGCUUGAAAAAGCUGAUCAAAUCGGAAAUCAAUGCGCAGAGGGAGGGCCAUGAUCCAGACUUGGCUGGAUUUUUCUACUCCCUCGACCGUAACCUGGAAGAUGUCGAUCAGUUCUACAACAAAAAGUUCGCAGACUUCUCCCGCCGCCUGAAGCUGUUGGAAGACCGCUAUGGACAUUCAGUUAUUGCCUCGCAGAGCCUUGAUUCUGAAGACACUGAGGAUCUCCUCGCGGCGCUUCUAGAACUGCGUGGCCAGCUUCGAAAGUUACAAUGGUAUGGCGAGGUCAAUCGGCGCGGUUUCAUCAAAAUCACAAAGAAGCUUGACAAGAAACUUCCCGGUGCGCAAGCGCAGAUGCGAUAUCUGCCAACCAAAGUCGACCCUGCCCCAUUUGCUACGAAUGCUGGCUUGCUGGAAUCCCUAAAAACCAUCAAUGAUUGGUUAUCUGUUUUGGGAGAUGAAAAGGGCUUCGAUGAUGCGAGCUCCACACAUUCCUCCCUAUCAGUGAUGAAACCUAGCUCCCGACCAAUUCUCAAGCUCCCACCAAGCCUACUUCUAGCUCUUGACGAUGCAUUGCGCAAAGACGAUACCCACAUUAUGUUGGAGUUGCUACCCACGUUGAAGAUUGCGGCGGAGGAGUUAGACUCAAGUCUCUAUUCCAAGGCCGUGAAGGCCCUAUUACAACGUUCCAUUUUCUACCGUGCAAGGAAUUCGGUCGUGUCUCUGCUAGGGAAGAUCGACACCUUGGAUGAAGAUGACGACAUCAAUAGACGAAAUUGCAUCCACCGUCUUGUCAUUUCCAUUGGGCGCUCGCAGUCGACGAGCGACUCGGAGCUCUCUGCUGCUCAAGUGCUCGAUUUUCCAACUGAAGCUUCAAAUUACAUCACGCCGGCUGCUGCACCGACCCUCCAGCACAGUCGCGUUGUCGUAAAGGAGUCCGACCGGACCCCCAUGUUAUGCAGGACGGACGAUUCCGUCUCACUGUUGCAGCACCUCCUGGACAACCUCCGUCCGGAACAACGAGGUGCAUUACUUGCCAAAGACAUUUCCGGUCGAACCCCACUCCAUUAUGCUGCUCAGUAUGGAUUCCGUGUCGUAUGCGAGGUUAUCAUUGAACAUUUGCAGGCAUGGAAUAUGUUCGACGUCUCCCAGGGUAUUGAUGGCCCAAACUGGCAGGAUGACGAGGGUUGGGCACCUUUGCACCUAAGUGUCAUUGGGGGCCAUCUCCUGACCACUCGAGCAUUGCUGAAUGCGGAGAACUGGAGGGGAGCAAACGAGCACCAGGCUGCAAUCCGGAAACAUAUAUGCAAGUCGAGUGCCGUGCUUGCGCUUGCUACUAAAUCCAAUUUCGUUGAUAUUGUCCAGCUCCUGGUCGAUGCUGGUGUAGAUAUCAAUUAUCAGGACGAGCAGGGAGAGACUGCUCUCCAUGUUGCGGCACGGUUUGGCCAUGAUAGGUGCGCCAAGGCCCUUCUGGACGGGUCGCACGAUCAAAAAGCCAAUACUGAGCUCGCGGAGAAUACAUAUUCUUGGACGCCAUUGUUCAUCGCCUGCGUCGACGGGAGUUUGGGUGUGGUGGAGUUAUUGAUCAAUGCAGGCGCUGAUCUGGAGCGUCCUGACUCCUCCGGCUGGACCGCCAAAGAACAUGCUGCUCUUAGGGGUCAUAUGGAUAUCGCUCGACUGCUGGCACAGGCUACUCCACCAGUGGAGAUCUCGAGCGAUUCUGACAGCUCUACUCCGCGAGCCCGUUCUUUGUCUCCUCCCACACCAGCCUCGCUAGCAGAUCGAAAAUCCACAGGCCGAGCGGCAGAGCCGAUCAAGACUUUUGGCCAUCGCUAUCUAACCGACGCCAGCAUGGUUCUGGUCAGCCUUGGAACAAUGGACAUGCGGAAAUCAGUACACGCUGUUAACCUCGAUCGUAUUCCCAUGGCCAGCGCGUAUCUGACGCAGCUGGACACCGCAUUGUCCAUCGUCGUUUCUGCCAGUGAGGCGCGUGGUGAACCCGAGAUCAUCGACCUACCCAUCCAGGACAGCAUUGCCACGGAGCCCAUCGUCUUCCACGCGGCAGACGCCUCCAAGGUGAAAAUUAUCUUCGACUUAAUACCCACUUACGCUGGCUCCAAGGAGAAAAUCGUCGGCCGCGGCGUCGCAUUGCUGUCCAGCAUUAAACCCACCGUCGGCUCGAAGCGGAUAAACCUCCAAGGAGACGUGACCGUGCCGAUAAUCGCAGCGAAUACGCUCGAUAUCAUUGGUACUGUCACGUUCAAUUUCCUCAUUAUUACGCCGUUCAAACAUCCAAAUAUGUCUAUUACGGAAGACCAGACGUAUUGGAAGAGCAUGGCUUCGACAAUGGUUAUUGGGCAUCGAGGCCUUGGAAAGAACAUAGCAGGUCGCAAGUCUUUACAGUUGGGCGAGAAUACGAUUCAGUCCUUUAUCGCGGCCGCGAACCUGGGAGCAUCUUAUGUUGAGUUCGAUGUGCAACUGACGAAGGAUCAUGUGCCUGUGAUAUAUCAUGAUUUCCUCGUUAGUGAAACUGGCAUAGAUGCACCAGUCCACACACUAACGUUAGAACAAUUCUUACAUCUCAGCGAAGCGCGUGGGCCACGCGAAUCCGGCGGGCCAGGAGGAUCAUCCAAGGCUGUAGAUCCUCAUCUAGCUGACUUGAGAACGUCUGCUGCGCGACGCCAACGCUCGAUGUCCGUUGGCGAAGAGUUUGUGUCGUCGGUUAUGAGCGAGAAGAUGAAACAUACGCGCGACUUUAAGAAAAAGGGUUUCAAAGGGAACACGCGUGGCAGUCAUAUCCAAGCUCCAUUUGCAACGUUGGAGGAAUUGUUUAAAAAGCUGCCAAAGGAGGUUGGAUUUAAUAUUGAGCUAAAAUACCCCAUGCUCCACGAAUCCGAAGAAGAAGAAAUGGACACCUAUGCCGUCGAACUAAACUCCUUCGUCGACACGGUCCUCACAAAGGUCUACGACCUCGGGCAAGGUCGCAACAUGAUAUUCUCCUCCUUCAACCCGGACAUCUGCCUCCUCCUCUCCUUCAAACAGCCCUCGAUCCCUGUCAUGUUUCUGACGGACUCCGGCCUCACGGUCGUGGGCGACGUGCGUGCUAGUAGUCUGCAAGAGGCGAUUCGAUUUGCGUCGCGGUGGAACUUGUUGGGGGUGGUGACCGCGGCGGAGCCGUUGAUUAUUGCGCCUAGGCUUGUGAGGGUUGUGAAGGAGUCUGGUCUUGUUUGUGUCUCGUAUGGAAUUGCGAAUAACGAGCCGGAGAAUGUGAAGUUACAAGUCAAAGAAGGCAUUGACGCUGUUAUUGUCGAUAGCGUACUUGCGAUACGGAAGGGGCUUACCGAGGGCGAAAAUCAGGACUUGAAUGGGAGUGGUGGUGGGAAUGGUCAUACUAAUGGCAAUGGGACCGGGACUGGGACUGCGUCGAUUACGGCAAUGAUACCACCGGGCUCUAGCGAUGUGGAUUGAAGGGGGGAAAAAAAGGAAAAGGAAGGGAAAGGAACUCACCGUGGUGGUGGUGACCUUGACCUUAAAUGGUUUCUUGCUUUCCAGCACCGUUGGCCGAGCUUAAUUCUUCAAAGUCGUAUGGGAUUUGUGAAGGUUGGGGGUAUAGCAGAUAGAGCCUUAAAGUGCGUGAACGUUUGUUAAGAGCAUGGGUAGAAACGGGGGUGAGAAAGUUAGUCGUAUUUUUAACUGAGCUUGAUAGGGUGCUGGUGCUCGCUGGGAAGGGAGAAAGAGGGUAGUACGAUAGUAGUUAGAGAUUAGAUAUUUAGAUUCAUAUUAUUGCCUCGUCGAUUGCUUCUGGCCCAUUGUUGAUUUUUGAAUUUUUGUUCAAGAUGACAGAUGAGACGUACAGUAUGUCGUGAGAUGUUAAUUCAGGGGUAGCCAGCCAUCUGGAUCAACUUAAGGCGCAUAGAUAUAAAUAGAUGUGUUAACCAUAUAUCAAAGAAAAAAUAUCCUAUUUCCCCCUUUUCAUAUACCAACA